GGGGGCGUUCGUGUACUGUUUACUCCGUCGGCAGCGCCCGCGCGGCACGCAUCAGUCUCUAAUUCCCUUUUAUUUUAUUUAACCUUUUAUUUAUUCAUUAGUCGUAUUUAAUGUUCAUGUGACAUCAGUGGGUGUUAGGUUUUUGUUGGAGAUUAUACUGUUAAAAUUAUAAUGAAGGAACUGAUUCUCCUGUUAUUAGUGGUGUUCUGCCACGGCGUGGUGAGCGUGAACUACUGCUGCCCAGAUCAUGAGAUCCUGCGGCCCGGGGGCUACUGCGGCGAGAGCAAGCAGCGGGUCCAUCUCAACUGCACACUCGGACACAUGCUGCUGAAGGAAGUGAUCGUCGAUGGCAAUAAACUUUACACGGAAGAUGCGCCGAAUUUCGUCAUCGCUGAGGAUCCCGCUGAAUAUUGCCUCGUCCAGAUGUACCGUAACGCGUCUCAGCCAGGAUUGGGCACGAUACCAGCCGCUAUCGCCUGUUUCCAAGAGUUCCACAAAGACUCCAGGCCUAUUGAGGUUACGGGCUUCCUCACACUGGUGUCAGUGCUGUUUCUACUCGCCACUUUAGCGGUGUACAUGUAUAUACCAGAGAUGAGGGACCUACAAGGGCAAUGCUACAUGUGCAUGUGCAUCAGUAUGGCGAUUGGAUUCCUGUCUCUAGGCAUCUUGCAACUGAGCCCCGGACACUACACGACCGAAGUCUGUGCAGUUACAGGGUUCCUUGUGUAUUUCUGGAUGAUAGCUACAUUCUUUUGGAUGAACGUUAUAUGUAUCAACGUUUACCGCAAUGUGAUAGAUUCUAGUUACUUAAAGAAAACCGAGAGGAAACAGUUCGGUAUCUACAGCAUUUAUGCAUGGGGCUGCAGCGUCGUAUUCUUGUUCGUGGCCCUCAUCACCAACUUUGUGGAAGGCGACCACCUGAAGCCAGGCAUCGGGACGACAACUUGCUGGUUCCAAGGUCGAACCGAAACUUGGACUUUCUUUUACGGGCCCAUCGCCGUGCUCAUCUCUGCCAACGUGGCACUCUUCAUACUGUCUUCGAUCCAUUUAUGGCGAGACACCAGAAAGUACGAAGUCAACAAGCUCAACAUCCUCAAAUACAGAUUCCUGCUUUCACUAAAACUGUUUUUGGUCAUGGGAGUUUCGUGGAUAUUUGAAAUUGCCAGUUUCGCUCACGGAGAAAGUCUUAUCAUAUGGGAAAUAAUGGACGUGUUCAACUGUCUACAAGGAGUGGUGAUAUUCCUCAUACUGGUGGUAUUGAGGAGGCGGGCUGUGGAUGGUUUAGUAAAGGAGAACUGCUGCCUAGCGGUUCUGAGGCCGUUGGCUGAUCGGCUGAGCCCUCACGAUGAUCCGGACGAUCAGCAGAUACUCGCCGAUGAUCAUAUGGAAGUUAGGCUCAACUGAAUACUUACUCUAUUUAAUUCGGUCAAAAUUUUAGAUCA